CGUGUGUAGAUAACACCCAAACAAAACCAAACUUAGACUCCAAGGAAGCUAUUACUUUAAUAUCUUACAAUUCUCUUUCUGUCUUUUACUUUCAAACCAUCUAAUUCACAACAUUCUCUCUCUCUCUCUCUCUCCGUGUGCUGAAACUUGGCAACACGGUUCGAUCACAGUUUUGAUUGGUGGAGGAAAUCAGUUUAUGGGAUGGGCAUAGAGCAAAACAAGAGAGAUGAGAUGGUGCAAUGACUCUGAUGAUCAAAGGGCCAUCCAAAUAAUCUCGCCUUCUUCCGGAGAAACUCGUACUCUUAUCGAUGCAAAACCUGAUCAAACUCGCUUCAUAACCUGCCCUUCAUGUGGCCAUAAUAUAGAAUUACACGAUCAGGGGGGAAUUCAAGAUUUGCCAGGGCUACCGGCUGGAGUGAAGUUUGAUCCCUCUGACCAAGAAAUUCUUGAACAUCUAGAGGCAAAAGUAUCCUCUGAUGCCCGUAGGCUUCAUCCCUUAAUCGACGAAUUUAUUCCUACGCUUGAGGGGGAAAAUGGAAUUUGUUACACGCAUCCAGAGAAGCUACCAGGUGUGAGCAAAGAUGGCCUUAUCCGCCAUUUCUUCCAUCGGCCUUCAAAGGCUUACACAACGGGAAAUCGAAAGCGAAGAAAGGUGAACACAGAAGCCGAUGGGAGCGAAACAAGGUGGCAUAAAACAGGCAAAACAAGGCCAGUUUUUGUGGGUGGGGCAGUGAAAGGGUUCAAAAAGAUACUAGUGCUUUACACCAAUUAUGGCAGGAAGAGGAAGCCAGAGAAGACCAACUGGGUUAUGCACCAAUACCAUCUUGGCCACAAUGAGGAAGAGAAAGAUGGCGAAUUGGUGGUUUCCAAGGUUUUCUUCCAAACGCAGCCCAGACAAUGUGGUUCAAACAUUAAGGAUUCAGUACUUAUAGAAAACUCGCACGAAAAUGAUGAGGAUUCUGUGAUCAAGAACACAGCUUAUCUUGAGUACUAUAGUCCAUUGAUCUCCUACCAUAUUGGAGGCCAAAAUGGAGAAAGCCCACCUCAGCUAAUCCCUAAUUUGGUUCUUGAAGGUGAUGGGUCUUCAUUCAUUCAUUCAUCUACCCAACAAUGCAAGCAAAGGGAAGGUACUUGAGAGGCAAUAAGGCAAACUCUGACUAGGGUUUGCCUGGUUGGUGUUGUGUAAGAGUCACCCAUAAGUUAUGGUGGAGAAUUUAGUGAACAGGAACAGGAAUAAGAUGGAUGUUGAUGUUUUCUUUAACUAGAGCCAUUUUCUAGGGAUAAAUACAGGUGGGUUUGGCCUUGAAACUUCACUUGUAGUUCUUAAUUAUAUACAUAUAUACUUGACUUGAUAGAUGUAUUGUAGGGGGACAAGGUGCAGUCUUGAACCUUUUUAUAUAUGGGGAAGCUAUAUAUAUGCCUAUAUAUAUAUAUAUGUUCAUUUACAAA